CACAAUAUCCCCCUAAAUUGUCCAAACCAGAUCAAAGCACGCAAAAAGGUACACGCAGUACCCUAGAUAGGUACCUUCGUCGACACUAGCCAGCGGUCAACUCAAGUCAGAUAAAGCUCGCCACGCGCCAACCCUUCGCCUCCGCGGACUUUUCGUGUCAUCCACCUCAAGCUAUCAGCCACAGCUCAAGUUGACAACCCACCAUCGUCAAUCACCAGCAGCACCUCACAGAACCACUCGAUGCACUGGUAAACAGCAAGGAAGCAAGCAAGCAAGCAAAAAUGCCGACCCGGAAAUCCACCGACGUCCCAACCGACACAGACGGCCCCUCGCCGCAACCGCAGACGCAGACCUCCCCAGUCCAGAACGUCCAAGCAACAGAGCAGCAGCUUAAAGCUCGCGCCGAGGGCGUGAGUAUCGAGGACUACCUCCUCCCGCGGUCUCUCACCCUCCGACUAGCGAAAGCAGUCCUACCCCCCAACACAGCCAUCCAGAAAGAUGCGGUGCUAGCUAUCCAGAAGGCUGCGACGGUGUUUGUGUCGUAUCUUGCUUCGCACGCGAACGAGGCGACGCUCAAACGGACGGUUACACCCGCGGAUGUCUUCGCCGCGUUAUCUGAAAUGGAGUUUGAGGCGUUCCAGCCUAGGCUUGAGAAGGAGUUGGAGGCGUUUACGGAGAUGAAGGCUGGGAAGCGGAAGGGGAGGAAGUCUGGGUCGGGGCAAACGCGGGAAGAUGAUGAGGAGAGCGCGGUGCGUGAGGCGAAGAGGGUGAAGCGGGUUGAGGGGGUGGGACCGUCUAGUGCUCAGGCUGGGGAGGAGGAGGAAGACGACGAUGAUACACAGGAGGAACAGGAGCAGGCGUUGGAGAAUGAGGAGGAAGUUGAUGAAGAUGAGGAGGACGAGGACGAGGAUGAAGACGAGGAGGAGGAUGAAGAUGAGACACAAGAAGAGGACAUUGAUCGGGUGGAAGAUCUGGAUCGCGAUUCGCGACCGAGGCGGACGAUGGAUCCUGAUGCUGCGGAUGAGACAGAGAGCGAAGACGAGUCGGGGCCUGGGACGCAGCUGCAGAGUGGGCUGGGUUUGGGAUAGAUACAGGAAAUGCUUUGCUUAAGAGGAGACAUCAGACUACGCAAUGAAUACUGAUUUGAUGAGCA